UGUUUGCAAUCAGAUCUUGUAUUGUGAAAUGUGAUUAAAUCUUGAAAGAUGGUGUUAGUUAAUCAGGUUUCCUACACACUAAUGGUUUAUGUUGGUUCUUAAUAUGAAAUACUCAGCUCCACAGAGCAUCUUGUCCUACUUCCAGACACACUAGCCAACUGGUAUGGGAAAUCAGGAAGAUGUGAGUGUUGGCUUAGAUGCUGAGAAAUGCUCUAUUACAACAAAGGAGGAUGCAAAACAGCAUGAAGGUUCAUUAGCAGGUGCUGGUAGAGCCUUUUCUACCUCUUCCAAUGUUUCCACCCAUGAUAUCUGCAGAAUUUGCCAUUGUGAGGCUGACUAUGAGGCUCCCUUGAUUGCUCCAUGUUACUGCUCUGGGUCCUUGCAAUAUGUGCAUCAAGAAUGUCUUCAGCGGUGGAUCAAGUCAUCUGAUAUCAAAGCCUGUGAACUCUGCAGGUUUGGAUUCGUCAUGCAUACUAAGACCAAGCCAUUUUCCAAGUGGGAGAAACUGGAUUUGCCAACUAUUGAGCGACGGAAGAUAUUCUGCUCAGUAAUGUUUCACAUUGUAGCUAUAACUUGUGUUGUAUGGUCCCUAUAUAUCUUGAUAGACCGCACAGCUGAGGAAGUUCAGUCAGGAAUCCUUCUUUGGCCAUUUUGGACUAAGCUCAUUGUUGUGGCCAUAGGAUUCUCUGGGGGCCUGGUGUUCAUGUACAUUCAGUGCAAGAUGUACUUUCGACUCUGUCGUCGUUGGAGAGCUUAUAACCGUGUCAUUUAUGUGCAGAAUGUCCCAUCAUCUAAGGUAGUGAAUGACACAAGACAACCUAGCUUUGGCUGUGUUGUCAGUUGGCAAGCUUCCUGUGCCCACCAGAGUGAGUCUGGAAAUGGGAAAUGUGAUCAUGAUAAAACUAUUGCACACCAAGAAACUACAGUGGUUGAGGUCACUGUUCCUGCAUUUGAUGGCUCUGGAUUGGAUGAGAUUCACGAGGAAGGUGAUGUCUCAUCUCCUCUUCUUGCACAUGAAGAAUGUAAGCAAGGAGCUCAUAACGGUGAGCCCUCCUCAGAGAAUCGUGCCUCAAAUGGUUCUGAUUCAAGCGAAGUGUAGGUUCUAGUCUCACUUGACUUUUUAUUGCCCUUUAGCCAGAUGGUAGACUUGCUGCUUUGGCCUGCUACUUCUUACAACAUUACUAUUUUCAUCACAGGUACCAAUAAUUUUUCAGUGCCCUUCAUGCUUAGCAUUGGUCCAUUUUCCAUGAGAGAACUUCUGAUAUCCAUUUCAGUUUCUUUUACCAAUUCUAAGCCAGAAUUGUUACUCCCAUUUUAC